AUGCAUCAAAGUCAACCACUGUACUACGAUGCAGCAACCACCACAACAACCCACGCAAAGACAGGAUCAGUAACCACAGACACAACACAGUCAACACCAUCCAAGUCAGCCACUCUACUACGAUGCAGCAACCACCACAACAACCCACGCAAGACAGGAUCAGCAACCACAGACACAACACAGUCAACACCAUCAAAGUCAGCCACUCUACUACGAUGCAGCAACCACCACAACAACCCACGCAAAGACAGGAUCAGUAACCACAGACACAACACAGUCAACAGCAUCAAAGUCAACCACUGUACUACGAUGCAGCAACCACCACAUCAACCCACGCAAAGACAAGAUCAGCAACCACAGACACAACACAGUCAACAGCAUCAAAGUCAGCCACUCUACUACGAUGCAGCAACCACCACCACAACCCACGCAAAGACAGGAUCAGUAGCCACAAACACAACACAGUCAAAAGCUUCAAAGUAA